ACAAUAAUUUCUACUCAGUUGAAAAACAAAUAGUUUAUACAUUAUUUUUAUCAUUAUUAAGGAGGAGAUCAAAAAUUUUAAACGUGUGACUGUGAAAGAGAGAAAGCUGACUGUACGAAUGGCGAAUAGCAAGUAAAUGGUAGUAGAAAUUAGUGGCGAGAUGGUUACAGAUGAGACAGGAAAAAAUGAUUCAGAUGAUGAAACCAAGCCGAUCCAUAUUGUUCGUGGAUCGAGGUGGACUUUUCUUAUUGCUUCCUGUUUCAGUUACAGAGUCGCAGAGUGUUUCGAGUGUCGUAGCCAGAAUUAGCUUUUCGGAGAGUGGUGGAGAUUCAGUAGGAGGAGGAGAAGAUCGUGCUUUGUACAAGGAGUUAUGGCAUGCGUGUGCAGGUCCGCUUGUGACGGUGCCUCGUCGAGGCGACAUCGUUUUUUACUUUCCUCAAGGUCAUAUAGAGCAGGUUGAAGCCUCGAUGAAUCAAGCCUCUGAUCAACAGAUGCCUGCUUAUGAUCUUACUGCCAAAAUACUUUGUCGUGUUGUCAAUGUUGAAUUGAAGGCUGAACCUGAGACUGAUGAAGUGUUUGCUCAAAUGACUUUGCAUCCGUUAGAUAAACAUGAGGAGGAUACGGUGGAGAAGGAAGUGGAGCCUCCGCCUCCCCGUCCUCGAGUCUAUUCCUUUUGUAAGACUUUAACGGCGUCCGAUACAAGCACUCACGGUGGAUUUUCAGUGUUGAGACGACAUGCUGAAGAAUGCCUGCCUCCUCUGGACAUGUCCAAACAGCCUCCUACACAGGAGUUGGUUAGCAAGGACUUGCAUGGAAAUGAGUGGCGAUUUCGCCACAUCUUUCGGGGUCAACCAAGGAGGCAUCUUCUUCAAAGCGGUUGGAGUCUUUUUGUCAGCUCAAAGAAGCUUGUAGCUGGAGACGCUUUUAUUUUCCUCAGGGGUGAAACUGGGGAACUUCGUGUUGGGGUAAGAUGUGCUAAAAGGCAGCCAAGUACAGUUUCUUCUUCAGUUAUAUCAAGCCACAGUAUGCAUGUUGGUGUUCUUGCAACAGCAUGGCAUGCUGUUAAAACAGGCACAAGGUUUUCUGUCUACUACAAACCCCGGACUAGCCCUGCUGAGUUCAUUGUUCCUUAUGACAAAUAUAUGGAGUCUGUGAAGAACAACUACACCAUAGGAAUGAGAUUCAAGAUGAGGUUUGAAGGUGAAGAGUCUUCAGAACAGAGAUUCUCAGGCACUGUUAUUGGAGUUGAAGACGCUGAUCCCAUUAAGUGGCCUGGUUCAAAGUGGAGAUGUCUUAAGGUACAUUGGGAUGAAAAUUCUCCUCAUCAUCAUCCAGAGAGGAUUUCUCCGUGGGAGGCAGAGUUUUCUCAAGCUUUUCCUCAGGAUCCUCUUCCUCUCUGCCGAAUGAAAAGACCUCGUCCAAACAUUGCUUCAUCAUCAACCAGUUCCUUUGUGCUCACAGAGGAAGGAUCAUCAAAAAUUGCUGUAGACCCUUCUCCAGAUUUUGAAACUUCAAGAGUCUUGAGAGGCAUAAUUCCAGGGAGCAAUGAGUCAUCCAUUGCUCAUAGUGCAGGUGUACCCAUUCCAUCACUAGCUUCUCAGAGCUCGCAUGAACCCUGCAAAAAAUUUCAGUCCUUUGUGGAGCAGAAUGCUGAAGAUGUUGACCAAAUGAAGAAUCAUGAUGUAGAUCAGGAAAGCAUAUUCAAGUUGCUUCCGGGGGCUGUGAUGCAUGUAAAUUCCCCAUUUAACAUGGUGGAGUCUGGCAGGAAAAUUCGUGCAGUGGAAGAUAAAGAGAGGCAAUGCCAGAAUGCUUUAAAUAUUAGACCUGUCCCAUUCCAAUGGUAUGAAAGACUUCAUGGCCCCGAAAUCAAUCAGCAGUCAGGAAGCUGGAUUUUGCCUUUUCUUUCAUCAUAUGCCGAGGGCUCUUCCCAUCAAAUGGUGUCCGAUGCACAACCUCAGUCUUCAAAACAACAGGAGGUGGUGAAAUCUAAAGGAGAUGGCAGUUGCAAACUUUUUGGUUUCUCUCUCAUGAGUAAACCUGUGGCAACAGAUCUGGCCUUGCCACAUAUAAACUCUGUGCAUGGGCGACAACGGCAAAUCAAUCUUGCUUCAAAUCAUGCACAAGAUUUGGGCACUGACUCACUGUUGCAGCAACAGAAGGGUACAAGUUCGAGUGAGGCUGCCAGUGGAGGUGAUGAACAGGGCAAUCUAUUUCAGACUUCAGAACAACUUCCGAGAGACGUGGGAAAGCAGUUGACUGCUUCAGUCAGAAGUUGCGUUAAGGUGCACAAGCAGGGGAUUGCUGUGGGGAGGUCUGUGGACCUUAACAAGUUAAAUGGCUAUGAUGAAUUGAUUGCAGAACUGGAUCGAAUUUUUGAAUUUAAUGGUGAAUUGAUUGCUCGUAACAAAAACUGGAUGAUUGUUUUUACUGAUGAUGAAGGUGAUAUGAUGCUAGUAGGAGAUGAUCCAUGGCUGGAAUUCUGUAGCGUUGUCCGCAGGAUCUUUGUUUACACUCGAGAGGAGGUUAAGCAAAUGGAUCCACGACCCCUGAAUGUAAAAAUCAAGGAUAAUUCAUUCAUUGCAGAUCCAAAUGUCGGUUCAACAGAGGACAAAAGCUUCACACAUCCUCCAGUAGCGAGUCCUUCUGAGGUCUAGUUUUGAGUUACGGGAUGUGGAUAAGGUUAGAAGGGCUGCAAAGUUCUGCAGACGUUGGUUUGAAUAUUAAAUUGUUUUCUGUUUUUCCCCCGUUUUUACUUCCGAAUUUCUUAUGAAAUUGUUCCAGCAGACAUAAUUCAGGUCUGGGAUAUGGUGGUUGUGGUGGUUACAUUUCA